AGCGUGACCUGCAGCCGCGGCCUCGCAGUUCCCGGGCCUGUGUAGGUUUCCUUUUAACUUCUGGGAUCAUCUGUUUACAGCGGCGGCUCAGAGGGCGUUUAGUGCCUGGGCGGGCUGGUCAGGAUCGCUGUGAUCCGGGAGGGAACGGGACGGUGCCCGCGUCCCGCUCGGGUGUGGACGUCCACCCUAGAGAACGUUAACGAAAAACCCAGCCCUACUCCUUACCGAGAUGAACCCGACGGAGAAACCCGAGCCACACUGCGGAUUCCGUGGCUGACGUCAUAGUUUAUGUCAUAGUUAAGGCGAUCCAGAAGUUGCCACUACAGGCCGUUUUAGAAUCCAUGUGUUAUUUCCGUCUCCCUGGACGGAGAGCACACUGGCCCGCCGGUCUCUCGGCUAUGGCUGCAGGUGGGUCAGGAGACGCCAAAGUGGAGUCGGACGUCUCGCCAGCCCCGCAGCCGGGGGAAACGCCGGGCAGGCCGGGCAGCCCGGGCUACGCGCUCCGGCUCACUCUGGCCGGACACGCCCAGGCGGUUUCCGCCGUGCAGUUCAGCCCUAACGGACAGUGGCUGGCCAGUGCCUCUGCUGAUGCGCGCAUUAUGAUUUGGGGCGCCUAUGAUGGAAAACACGAACAGACCCUGUCCGGCCACAGGCUGGAGAUAUCAGAUGUUGCUUGGUCGUCAGACUCCAGUCGGCUUGUUUCUGCUUCAGACGACAAAACUCUAAAGAUGUGGGAUGUGAGAUCUGGGACAUGUUUGCAAACGUUAAGGGGCCAUACCAAUUACGUCUUCUGCUGUAAUUUCAACCCAGCAUCCAACCUCAUCGUUUCAGGUUCUUUUGAUGAGAGUGUGAAAAUAUGGGAGGUGGAAACAGGGAGGUGCCUUAAGACUUUGUCUGCCCAUUCUGACCCCGUGUCUGCUGUCCACUUCAAUUGCAGUGGGUCGCUGAUUGUGUCAGGGAGCUAUGAUGGUCUCUGUAGGAUCUGGGAUGCAGCAUCGGGUCAGUGUUUAAAAAUGCUUGUGGACGAUGUUAACCCUCCCGUGUCUUUUGUAAAAUUCUCUCCAAAUGGCAAAUAUAUUCUCACGGCAACUUUGGACAAUACUUUGAAACUGUGGGAUUAUAGCAGGGGCAGAUGCCUGAAGACAUACAAGGGUCAUAAAAAUGAGAAAUAUUGUAUAUUCGCGAAUUUCUCAGUUACUGCUGGAAAGUGGAUUGUGUCUGGUUCUGAGGAUCACCUGGUUUACAUCUGGAACCUGCAAACUAAAGAGAUUGUCCAGACAUUGCAAGGCCACACAGACGUCGUGAUCUCAGUAGCUUGUCAUCCUACAGAAAACAUGAUUGCAUCCGCAGCAUUAGGAAAUGACAGAACAAUUAAGCUGUGGAUGAGUAACUACUAACCUCACUGCAGUCAGGUGUUAAGAACCAGGUUAACAAACAUUUAAAAAGGUAGUUUCCGUUCCCUGCGGUAUGGUUUUACACAUCUUUUAAAGGUUUUGAUUGUAAGAUUUUGAAACAUAUAACCUAAACUUUGAAAAUGA